UUAAUAAUUAGUCUUUGCUACGUGACACUUCUGAGAUAAAUAGGUUAUACACCUCGAUGUAUUUCACGACAAAAAAAUAAUUUAUCUAAAAUGAGUGAAAAAAAUCCUAACACUGCUUUAGUUCGAAGGGUUAACAAAUUACUCGAAUCAAGAGUAGAGCAUGACAAAGAUACAUUAGAAGCUUUAAAAGAGUUAUCUACAUUCUUUACGGAAAAUACUUUAAAUUCCCGCAGAAAUUUACGUAGUAAAAUAGAGAGGAGAAGUCUUGCAAUAAAUGAAGAAUUUUUAUCUGCAUUUCGAGAAGUAAAAUCUUCUUUGGAUGAUCUGUAUCAUGAUGUAUUAGCUAUGAAUACAACAGUUCAAUGUAUGACGAAUCGUUUACAAGUUACAAAAGCUCAAACAUCACAGCUCAUCGAUCAAACAACUAAACUUCAGAGCAAAAGUCAAACAUUAUCUAUGCAGCACGAAGUUGCAAAUGCGUUCAUUAAAAAUUUUCAACUGACCUCAUCGGAGCUAAAUAUUUUACAUGGAUCUACCAGAGAAUCGCCUAUUACAGAAGAAUUCUUUUCUGUAGUCAAUCGAGUUCAGGAAAUUCAUAGCAACUGCAGAGUAUUAAUGCAAUCAGGAUAUCAAACUCUAGCUUUAGAUAUUAUGCAAAGAAUGACAUUGUUACAAGAAGCAGCUCUUGAGAGGUUGUACAGAUGGACACAAAAUCAGUGUAAAAAUAUUGAGAACGAGCAUUUGGCUGUAUUGCUAAUUAAAGCAAUGAGUAAAUUACAAGAUAGGCCAGUCUUAUUUAAGUAUAUUUUAGAUGAAUAUUGUGCAGCUAGAAGAACUGCUCUGGUAGGAUCUUUUAUCGAUGCAUUGACCUUAGGAGAAGGAUACGGUACAACACCUAAUCCUAUUGAAAUGCACGCAAAUGAUCCCAAGAGAUAUAUUGGCGACAUGCUUGCUUGGCUUCAUCAGGCUAUUCCUGUUGAAAAGGAGAAUAUUCUAACUUUAGUGAAAGGCUGUGAUAAAACAGAUUUAUCAGAUCAGAUUAAGCAAUGUUUAAGUAAUAUCACAGAAGGACUUUGUCAUCCUUUGAAAUCAAGAAUAGAGCAUGUUAUAUCUAUGGAUGCACCAGCAACAGUGUUAUACUCUAUUACAACCCUUCUUCGAUUUUAUCGUGCGAUAAUUCAACAAGUAAUACCAGAUAGUACAUUAGAUUUAACGCUGGCAGAUUUAUUAAUAUUAAGCGAAAGAAGUUUUCUUAGUAGACUUCAAAAGGAAACGCGUGCUUUGCUUGGUGAACGUGCAGAACCGCCAGGAAACGAUUUAGUACCAGCUCCAUCUGUUUCCAGAUUAAUGGCGCUUCUUAAUGAAAUUCUUUCUGUAGCAAGUAUUGCAGAAGAUAGGGAAAAGGACAUGCAACAAAUAGUAUCGUGCAUUAUUGAUCCACUUUUGCAAGAAAUUAAUGAAACAGCAUCAAGAUUACCUACUGUGGACAUGGCUGUAUAUCUUUUAAAUUGUAUGCAUCAAAUACAGUCUACUCUAGCAUUGUAUGAAUACAUGGAUCAACGACUAGAAAGGCUGCAGGCUCAAUCUGAUGCACAAAUUGAUACCCUUACAUCGGAACAAGCCAGUUCAUUAGUUGCCCACCUUAAUCUCGGAUCAAUUUACACAAUUUUACAAGGGCACGAACAAGGUCCAUUGUCUUCUGUUCCAGGGAUGGAUUCUCUAAGUGUAAAAGAAUUUACAAACAAAUUGGAGGCUUUCCUGGUAAUGCCAGAUGUAUUGCUACUGCCACAAAUAAACCUAUUACAAAGUAAUAAUUUUCGUUCGAUAACGCAGAAACGCUCCUUCGAGGUAAUUGGAGCAAUUUACAAACAAUUAUACGAGGCAUGCCACGAUCCUAAAAAUUUAUAUCAAAAUCCAACUAGUUUAUUUUCAAGAACUCCCGAGGAUCUUUUAAAAACAUUGAUCUCCAUUUAAAUAUACAUGGGAGUAUAAAAAGAAUUAAAAAAUGUGAUCAUACAAACAUUUAGAUAUUUGUAAAUAAUACAUAAUUGUAAAAUAAUUUUUAAUAAAUUUAAUAAUUUAUAGAAAA